CGGCAGCCGAACUUCCGGCGGAGGCCUCCAUCUCGCGUUCUGGCCUGCGAGGCCCACGGGAGCCGCUGCCCGUACUCAAGAUGGCGGCGCCGGGAGAGCUUGUCUUAUGACCCAGGCGCGGAGGUGUAAGGCUCAUGGCAGCGGCCGAGCAGCCGACCCGGGAGGACAGAGAGGAGGAAGAGGAGGAGGCAGAGCAGUUUGUUCUGGUUGAAUUAUCGGGAAUCAUCGAUUCAGACUUUCUCUCAAAAUGUGAAAAUAAAUGCAAGAUUUUGGGAAUUGACACUGAAAGGCCCAUUAUGCAAUUGGAUAGCUAUGUCUUUGCUGGGGAAUAUGAAGAUACUCUUGGAACAUGUGUUAUAUUUGAAGAAAAUCCUGAACAUGUGGAUGCAGAAGGCAAUAAUAAAACACUGCUAAAAUACAAAUGCCAUACAAUGAAGAAACUCAGCAUGACAAGAACUCUUCUGACAGAGAAGAAGGAAGGAGAAGAAAACAUAGGUGGAGUAGAAUGGCUACAAAUGAAGGAUAAUGAUUUCUCCUACAGACCUAACAUGAUUUGUAGCUUCCUACAUGAAAAUGAAGAUGAAGUUGUAGCUGCAGCCUCAGAUAAACCUUUGGAAUUGGAAGAGCGGGAGAUUCAAAUGAAAGACAGUUCAAACCUGAUCUAUGAACAGGAGAAAUCACUGCAUUUGGAAACAGAGGAGUCAAGUCCUCUUGUUGAUAUCCCUUCUUCUGAGAUGGAAGGUUCUGUUUUUAUGGAAACUCAA